GAGAAUGCGGCGAGCCGCCCCAGAGAAGGAGUUGGCAGCCGCGGCUACUGGAACAGGGAACUAUUGACUUUGUUCCCCUGCUCCUCUCAGCUCUCUCACUUCCUCCUCUGACUCAUACACUCUCAGUGGCUCUGCGGCUGUCUCCAGAGAGCCGGAUAAAGGCAGAGACACACACACCAACACACAGAGAACACACAGCAACACAGAGACAGACGGAGAACGGAGAGACAGACAGACAACGGAGAGACAGAGAGGGUACAGGAGUAAACGUCCGUCAGUACACAGGUGGUUCCCAUGGAGAUCUACCAGGAGCAGAAGGCUAGGAGGCUCCUCCCCAGAGACAGCCCCCCCUCCCCCCCCGGCCCCGCGGACCCCCCCGACCCCCAGCCCAGCAAGGUGGAGCGCUUCCUGAAGCUGGGCUACACCCACAGAGACAUCCACCGCGUGCUGCAGAGCCUGAAGCCCGACGCCCAGACCAACGACAUCCUGGAGGAGCUCAUCAAGACGUCCCCCCGGGCCGCGGCCCACCCCGCCUCCCUCCCCACACCGGCCCCCAGCUCCACCCCCCGGCUGGUGGCCCGCGGCUGCAGCCUCACGGACCCCGGCCCCCGGGCCCCCAGCCCCAGGAAGACCCCGGCCAAGGCGCCUCCAGGCAGCGGGUUCAGGCCGGUGGUCAUCGACGGGAGCAACGUAGCCAUGAGCCAUGGCAACAAGAAGGUGUUUUCCUGCCGUGGGCUGCAGCUGGCGGUGAUGUGGUUCUGGGGGCGGGGCCUGCGUGACAUCACCGUGUUCGUCCCCUUGUGGCGGAAGGAGCAGCCGCGCCAAGACACUCCCAUCACAGACCAGCACAUCCUGGAGGAGCUGGAGAGCCGGAGGAUCCUGGUGUUCACGCCGUCGCGACGCGUCAGCGGGCGGCGUGUGGCGUGCUAUGACGACCGCUACAUCGUGCGUCUGGCCGUGGAGUCGGACGGCAUCAUCGUCUCCAACGACAACUACCGCGACCUGCAGACGGAGAGCCCGCAGUGGAAGAGGUUCAUUGAGGAGAGGCUGCUCAUGUACACCUUCGCCAACGACAAGUUCAUGCCCCCAGACGAUCCCCUGGGGCGUAGCGGUCCGACCAUCGACAGCUUCCUGCGAAACGCGCCCUGGGAACAGGAAGUCAAGCAGCAGCACUGCCCCUACGGUAAGAAGUGUACUUACGGGAGCAAAUGCAAGUUCUACCACCCUGAACGAGCCAACCAAUCACAGCUCUCGGUGGCUGACGAGCUGCGAGCCAUGGGCAGGCCGACGCCCAUCCACCAAACGCCCGCCCAGCUCGAGGUGGAACUCACCUCUCUGUACCCCCCCUCCUCUCCGGCGAGGAGAGACCACGCCCCCCCCAGGGCCGGUCAGACCUGGGGCCCCCCGUCCUCCCUGGACCAGGCCCUCGGCUCCAUGGAGGGCUCUGUGUCCGAGCCGCGCCUCCACUCCACUGACGGCCUCUCCAGCGGCUACUCCAGCGGCUACUCUGGGUCCUCUGGUUUCCACAGCGAACCCUGGGGGGGCGGGGUCUGGGGCAGCCUGCCUCUGGCCCCGCCCCCCAGGGGGAGCAGCAUGUCAGGGGGCGGGGUCACAGAGGAGAGGCGGACCCUGAGCAGUCAGCUGAGCGCCCUGUUCCCUCCUCGCACCGUCCAAGAGAUCAUGGACACCCACCCCCACGUGGCGGACAUGUCCCAGCUCAUCUCCCUCAUACAGAGGACCACCCCCCUGUCCUAGCCCUUCAGCUAGCUAGCCCUAGCUCUAUCUUAACUUAACCCCAAACCCCUAGCUGUAUCCUAACCCUAACUUAACCCCAAACCCUAGCUCUAUCCUAACCCUAACUCAACCCCAAACCCUAGCUCUAUCCUAACCCUAACUCAACCCCAAACCCUAGCUCUAUCUUAACCUAACUAUCCUAACCCUAACUUAACCCUGAAUCCCAGCUCUAACUUAACCUUUAACCCUAGCUCUAGCGUAUCCUUAAUGAGGAGCAUGCCAUGUUGGACCAGGGCCCUGUGUUUAUCUUCUCAGCAUUAAAGCUGUUCCUCGGGUCAGAGUUAAGACCUGACCAGGUUGUAAAUGUGCAAUGCACUUCUCUAUUGCUGGAUUGCCAGCGCUGACUAACAGCAUACUGUUGUGUCCCAGUUGCCUCAAAAUGAGGAAACUUAUUUUGUUAAGAUUUAUGGUUCCGAAGAGAACGUUUCCUUCCUCCUAGCUGUGAAUACCACCGUGCCUUUAUCUCAGACCGUGUUUUACAAUGUGUGGAAUAAAACUUUUUAUACCUGA